AUGGGUCAAGGCUACUCACUUACCUCGCUCUCUGCGGGCUCCGCCGGCAUCGAUGUCCCGGAGCUUGCAGACCUCACGUAUGAAAAAUCUCUGGGGACUGCCAGGUUUAUGAAAAGCAUUCGUGCCCGACAUCGAGAUGGCCUGGCUUUCGUGAAAGUUAUUAUGAAACCAUACCCAAGUCUAAAGCUAGACCCGUAUGUCAGAGCCAUAAUGCGCGAGCGGAGGUUGCUGGAGGGUGUCCCUAAUGCGCUUGGGUAUCAGCGGAUAUUAGAAACCAGCACCGGAGGCUAUCUUGUCCGCCAGUACAUCUACAGCUCACUCUAUGAUCGAAUGAGCACUCGCCCAUUCUUGGAAGAUAUCGAGAAGAAGUGGAUAGCGUUCCAGCUCUUAUGCGCACUUAGGGACUGUCAUGCCCAGAACGUUUUUCAUGGAGAUAUCAAAACCGAAAAUGUUCUUGUAACAUCUUGGAACUGGCUUUAUCUAUCCGAUUUCUCGUCGUCAUUUAAGCCAACGUUCCUUCCCGAGGAUAAUCCUGCGGACUUCUCUUUUUAUUUCGAUACAUCUGGCCGGAGAACUUGCUACCUUGCCCCGGAGCGCUUUUUGGAGGCCGGAGAGGACCAAGGCAGCCGCUCAUUGAACUGGGCAAUGGACGUUUUCAGUGCCGGCUGCGUCAUUGCUGAACUGUUCCUUGAAUCUCCUAUUUUUACCUUGAGUCAGCUCUAUAAAUACCGAAAUGGAGAGUACAGCCCACAUACAGGACGUCUUAUGGAGAUCGAAGAUACGGAUAUCAGAGAGCUAAUCCUUCAUAUGAUCCAGCUCAAUCCUGAGUCACGUUACUCAGCUGAAGAGUGCAUUAACUUUUGGCGCCGCAAGGCAUUCCCAGAAUACUUUUACGGCUUUCUCCACCAGUAUAUGGGGUUAAUAACCGAACCAUCACCGGGACGCGCGCGCGACGAGUCUACCCCGCUGGAUUUAAAGGAAGCAGAUGAAAGAAUAAGCCGUAUCUUUGUGGAUUUUGACAAGAUAUCCUACUUUCUUGGUGCUUCUCCCCAGAUUAUACUCGACGGAUCUCAAACAACAUCUCCUUCACUUACGCAACAGCCAUUCCCGUUGCAACUGGACCUGCCUAAAGUUGGGAAUCAGCAAACGCCAAAACCACUAUCGGCCACAGAUGAUGGAACCCUUAUCUUUCUUACCCUUGUUGUUUCGAGUCUACGGAACACGAGUAAAUCAUCUGCACGUGUUAAAGCUUGUGACAUACUACUCGCGUUCGCUGAGAAACUCCCAGACGAAGCCAAGUUAGACAGAAUACUCCCAUUUGUGAUAUUGCUCCUAAAUGACCGCGCGGAUCAUGUCAAAAUUUCAGCCAUUAGAACGCUCACUCAGCUUCUUGCUAUGGUCAAAGUGGUUUCGCCUGUCAACGCCUAUGUUGUUCCCGAGUACAUUUUCCCAAGGCUUCAGCACCUAAUCAGUACACUGCCUUCAAACCCGACUCCCAUAGUUCGAGCAGCUUAUGCUUCAUGCAUAGCUUCUCUAGCGCAAUCCUCGCUCAAAAUCCUUGACAUGGUUCAGGCGUUACGCUCUGAUGCUCGAUUAACGUCUCUUGUACCUUCGGGUGCGGAGCGCGGCUGGGAGGAAGAAAUAUCAUAUCAUAAUCUCUACGACGUCGCACGAGUAGAUUUGCUUGAAUUCUUUGAGGCUCAUGCGAAAGCGCUCUUAACUGACUCGGACGUUGUAGUCCGGCGUGCAUUCCUUGGCUCAGUUCCAGGACUUUGUGUCUUCUUUGGAAACCCCAAAGCAAAUGAGGUUAUUCUCAGCCAUCUAAACACCUACCUUAAUGAUAAAGACUGGAUACUGAAAUGCGCAUUCUUUGAAACAGUCGUUGGCGUUGCUGCUUAUGUUGGCAGUAUUUCCCUCGAAGAGUUUAUUCUACCAUUAAUCGUUCAGUCCAUGACAGACCCUGAGGAGUUCGUGGUUGAGCGUGUGUUGCGAUCCCUUGCUAAAAUGGCAAAACUUGGUCUAUUCCAACGUUCUACCACUUGGGAUCUACUUAAUAUCGCAGUUCGAUUCUUCAUCCACCCAAGCAUAUGGAUACGAGAAGCCGCUGUGAGCUUCGUUGUGGAUUCCACUACAUUUUUAUCCGCAACCGACAAGUACUGCAUUGUCAGCCCCCUGGUUAGACCAUUCUUGAAAACGAAUACUACAGACAUAUCUACCGUUCAGAUAUUCGACGCUCUGAAAAAACCUCUACCCAAGAACCUUUUCGACAUGCUUCUAGUAUGGGCCACUAAUGUCGAAAAAGGACUCUUCUGGAAGUCCGUUUCACAAGAUGCAACUUUCUCGCUAAGUAGCUCGAGCAUACCGAAAAUACGGCAACGUGGACUUAUGUCUUCUCUAAGUAAUAUACCACGAAAUGAAGAGGACGACCAAUGGUUAUCGAGGCUCAGGAAUAUCGGGCUAAACCAAGAAAACGAGUUUAAAUUCCUUGCUCUCAAAGAGUACAUUUGGAGAGUCGCCAUGAGAAGAAAAAAGGAUACUGAUAAUGACAAAGUCACGCCAUUUGCAGAAAUAAUAUCCCUGAGUGAACAUAAUAUCACUCCGCAGACUGUGCUGUUUGACAGGAAACAAGGUGUGAGUCGCCAUCGACCGCCCCCAAGGAAGGCUCAACCUGCCCAGGGUGGCAGAAGGCCACACACAAUUGCCGAUGCAUUGCUAGAUGCUUCAACGACAAUUGAUUCACAUAAUGAUGACAACCAAAGACCAACAGGGCGCCAAAUACCGGAAGGGCGUGGCUCCAGUGUACCCCCUAGCUUAAUUCGCCCGACUGCAACAAGGGGCAAAAGAGAAGAUCAGUCACCGACGGUUUCACACCUUUCGUCAUCCCCUAAUGGCCAGUCUGGUUCUCCUAAUUUGUCAACAUCACCACUGUCUGAUGGUCUGACCCAGAGCGUUGCGGAUUCAACUCUUAAAGCUGAUAGAAACGGCCCCAUUCGAUCCGGUACCCCCUCGUUACGAGUACUGGACGGAGACAUCAAGCGUCGUUCAAGUGCAAUAAACCUCCUGAACCGCCAGGAAAAUUCUAAGGCAAAUGCUGCGACCGCAACCUCUUCUACAAAUGUAUUUGGGAAAGUUGAUGUUCCGCAUCAGAAGGAUCUUGCCCAACUAUCCAGGGCAAGUACCCCAGACCCACAAAACAAUGGCGCACUAGCCUCACGUCCCCGAUACAAAGCUAGCCACACAUACCAUGGAAAUGACCCAACAAUCCUAAGGAUCCUAGAUAAUAUCUUUGCAGAAAAUUACCCUACUGAUCUCUUUGACUUUGGCCCGGUAGUGCCGCAACCCUCUCAAUGCUCGCCUUUGCAUGGACCUGGCGGGCAAAGUUCAGAUAAACCAUGGAGGCCCCAGGGUGGGCUCGUUGCAAUGUUUGGAGAACACAAUGGUCCAGUCAACCGGGUAGUGAUCGCUUCAGACCAUGCAUUCUUUGUCACAGCCUCUGAUGAUGGCAUGUUGAAGGUCUGGGACACGGCUAGACUGGAGAGAAACCUGACUCCACGGUCUCGCCAGACACAUCGACAUGCUCCUGGAGCCAAGGUGAAAUGUGUGACAUUUGUUGAAAACACCUAUACCUUCAUCAGUGCAGCUACUGAUGGAAGUGUCCAUGCAGUAAGGGUGGAUUAUCAAAGUAACCGUGACGUUAUCCGCUACGGAAAACCCCAACUGGUCCGAGAGUACCAUAUUUCACCAACAGAUGGUGGAAGUGGCGAGUAUGCCGUAUGGAUAGAACAUUUCAGAACGGAUGUACAUUCAAUUCUACUAAUGGCAACCAACCGAUCCCGGAUAAUUGCGCUGGAUUUGAAAUCCAUGACUGAGGUCUACACACUCCAGAACCCCAUUCGCCAUGGUACCCUGACCACUUUUUGUCUUGACAGAAAACACAACUGGCUCCUGGUGGGAACGAGCCACGGCAUAUUAGAUCUAUGGGAUCUCCGGUUCUGUGUACGUGUGAAAGCUUGGGGCUUGCCUGGUGGAACUCCAAUACGGCGUCUUGCGAUACACCCUACCAAGGGCCGAGGUAGAUGGGUAUGCGUUGUUGGUGGAGGGAACAAUGGUUCAGAAGUUCUGGUUUGGGAUAUUGAUAGAGUGCAGUGUCGAGAGGUUUAUCGCACUGCUGGCGCCUCCAGCAAUCAAGCAACCGCUCCCACAGGCCAGAAGGUCAACCUUAACCCCGAUAUAAGUUGGAAAGCUUAUGAGCCAUGGAAAGUUGACGAUGACCUUCCUGAAGGUAUGCUAGGCCGUUUUGCGACGAAUGCUCACCCAUCGUCCGCGGGAAUAGAGCCGGCCGUGGCUAGCGAAAAUUCCGUUAGCAGUGAUAGAAAUGUGAUAUCUGCACUCGCCGUCGGUAUUGACUACCUUGACGGCACGGCAGAUGGAUCUAAAUGUGGCUUUAUUUUGACUGCUGGCUUGGAUCGAAGUGUACGCUUCUGGGAUGUAGUACACCCUGACGCAUCACUUGUGGUGAGUAGUCCGGAUCUUAUCACUGAUGGAAUUCAGAUGCGACCAAGAUAUGAUACCACCCAUCCUACCACUGCUUUGACGAUAACAUCUGAAUGGAUCCCCAGUGCCGGCUCAGUACCAACUAGACAAGGUCCAACUUCCAAUAAGAAGUCAAACUUGACGAGUGCCGGGAACAGUAUGCGGCCCCCAAGGAGUACAGUGAUCAGUUUGCAGCAGCAGCAGUUGUUAAGGAGCCAUCUCGAUUCUAUCCUUGAUAUCGCGAUCCUUCAGUCUCCAUAUGCAAUGACGGUAAGUGUUGACCGGGCCGGAAUGGUUUAUAUAUUUCAAUAA